GAACAACUAUUUUCCAAAUUUCAUAAAAAAUAUGAUAAUUUGUGUAGAAAAAAAAAAAACUUGCAUUACAAUUUUUUUUUAAAAUUAAUUUAAUUGAAUGUGAUCUACGGUCUACCAUAGUGUCCCAUUAGUGGGUAGAGGAGGUGGAUGGUGGCCGGCCGGUGCGGUGGUUGACGGCUGCCAGCGGCGGUAGUAGAUAUACGAAUGGAGAUGGAGUGAUUGAUUUUGAUGAGUUUGUGAAACUCAUGGAGAAGAGCUUUUGCGUCCAAUUUUUUCAUGUUUAUGUUUGAAACUUGCUGAAGCUACUCAUUAAAAAUUCACAACCUCAGUCCAUAACCUUAGCUCUGAAUUACAAUUCACAACCAGCCCCUCUGUCUAUCUUUGGCAACGAAACACAAGUCCUACUAGGAAUACGAGUAGGUUUUGGUUACACAUUCUUACUAUUUUCUUGUUUUUGUGGGUGUGGGGAAAAUAGUUUCCCUAUUAUUAAAGGGUUUGUUUUCAAUUAUGUAUAUAAUUAAAGAGUUCACUUCUCAUCAUCAAUUACUAUGAAAGCAUUCUUCUCUGCAUAACAUAACAUCACAUUCCAUCCAUACUUUGUUCUUAUUAUGUUCUCUGGUUUUGCCUUUUCCUUGCGUUUCCAAAUCAAAGUUUGAUAAGAAUAAUUCAUUAUCAAUCAUGUCCAGUUUUAAGUCUAAUAAGAAGCCCUGUCGUAGGACCCCGAUUGAUAGCUUCAGCUGUGGGGGAUGGACAAGCCUUCCAGUGCUUGUUUUUUUGAUUCUGGAUAAGUUAUUAGAACCCAUUGACCAUGUUCGUUUUGCUGCUGUUUGCAAGCAUUGUCGUUCUAUGUCCGAACUCUAUAAUCAUGCAACGCAACGGUGGCGCAAUAAACAACUUCCCCCCAUGCUCUUGAUCCCAAAGCAGGACGACAACUACCGAAGGGUAGUGUACAGCAUUUCUGAAGGAAGAAUCUACAACAAUAUUCGACUGCAAGUGCCUUUUAGCAGGAGGUGUUGUGGCUCUAGCCAUGGUUGGUUUGCCACAGUAGAUGUUGAGCAAAGACUUCCCGUGGUAGUUCUCAGGAACCCUUUCACAAAAGCAAAGCCCAUCUUUCUCCCUCCCUUGAAAACCAUUAUCUCACACGAUGACCCCCCUUACCAUGAGCAUUACGUUCGUAAGGUUAUCUUGUCUGCUGAUCCCACUAUGAAUCCAGAGAAUUAUGUGGUUGUAGCACUUUACGGUCGCGGUUUCAUGUUGGCUUUCAUCAAGGCAGGGCAAAACAAUUGGACUUACCCCAUCCCAACUGGUGAAUUUGAUGAUGUUAUAUUCUAUAAAAGCAAAGUGUACGCACUUGAAACCUAUGGAGAGAUUGAGUCAUUGGAUGUUUUUAGCAGUGACUCGCCACGGCUAAAGCUACGCACACCUUAUAAACCAUUCCCAUGUUGUAAAUAUUUGCAUGCAUAUCUUGUGGAAUCAACUAAGGGAGACUUGUUGCAUAUCCUAAGAUUUUAUGCGUCAAGAAACAAUCGUUUCAGGUGGCAGACUACACACUUCAUCGUUUACAAGUGGGUGUAUGAAGAUGGAGGAUCUAUUGGGCACAAGGUUGAGGUGAAAAGCAUUGGAGAUGAGGCUCUGUUCGUGGGUAGCAAUCACUCAAUCUCUGUUUUAGCUUCAAAGUUUCCUGAAUGUCAGCCAAAUUCCAUAUAUUACACCGACGAUUACUUUUCAAAUUGGCCAACAUUACAUAGUGAUGAACCAUUUGAUAUGGGUAUCUUCAACUUGGAGGACGGAACCAUCACACAACAUUACUCUCCACACUCCAAUUCUCGAAGAGCGAUUUGGGUUGUGCCACCGUUUAAUGGAUUAUGAUGUAUUUUGUUUACUACUAAUUCGUCUUACAAUUAAUGGCCCGCUUUCAUCUAGGUUUUGGCGGAAUGGCAAGGCAAAUCUUCUGUUAUUUGCCUUUAUUUAUAUAAUUUGCACAAUGGUAAAUGAUUAUGAAGUGAAGUAACUCUAUUUAAAUUUUGAAGUUUUUAUCCAUGAAGUACUUCCGAUGCUCCUGACUGACUGGGUUUAUUUUUUUAUUUUUUUUAUUUUUAUAAAAAGUAUUUAUUAGUAUUUAUAGGAAUUUUGGCUACACAUUCUUAUUAGUUCCUUGUUGCUUUGGGGAAAUGGUUUCCGUAUUCUUAUAGGAUUUGUUUUAGGUAUUGUUAACCGAUGCUCCUUAUUAUUAAUGAGAGAGGAAGGAAAAAAAAGGAGUAGAAAAUUGAUCCUCCAUCUUAUUAACUACAAAAAAGUGGUUACUGUGCUUCUACAUUUGUAUUAACUUUUUUUUAGUAGUUUAUGUCCUUGCGGCUGAUGGUCUUGAUGCCUAAAUUAGAAAACAAUUAUCGCUUACUCUAUUAAAAAAAA